GAGCUGCUGCCUCCAUGAACAACCACCAUCAUCCAUAACCCACAUCAUACUUUCUUCUGUUUCUGCAACUCAGAUUCAUGGCGAAACAGGUUUUACAAUUUGUUGCUCUGAUUUUGUUUUCUUCUCUGUUGUUUGGGUGUGUUGUGUCUGAGGAUUUGGAUUCUGCUACCACUUUGAAGCUUCUAUUGGAGGUUAAACGAUCCUUCACUCAAGACCCACAAAAUGUUGUCAAAGAUUGGUCUGAGAAAAACACGAGUUUCUGUAGCUGGAAUGGUGUUUCUUGCGCCGGAAAGUUUUCUCAGGUGGUGGGUCUCAACCUCUCCGGUUCAUCUCUCAGUGGCUCAAUCUCACCCUCCAUUUCCCUUUUACAGAACCUGCUCCACCUUGAUCUUUCAACGAAUCAGCUCUCUGGUCCCAUCCCACCUAAUAUCUCUACUCUCACCUCCUUGUCUUCUCUCCUCCUCUUUUCCAACCAACUCUCCGGUCACAUUCCGCCGGAGCUCGGUUCUCUGUCCAGCCUUCAAGUCCUCCGAAUCGGUGACAACCGCCUCACCGGACCUAUCCCACCUUCCUUCGGUGAUCUCCAUAAUCUCGUGGUUCUUGGUUUGGCCUCGUGUGAUCUCUCUGGGCCAAUACCACCACAGCUAGGAAGGCUCACCAAGCUCCAGAAUCUGCUCAUAAAAGAAAAUCAAUUGCAAGGACCCAUCCCUCCGGAGCUCGGCAACUGUACGAGCCUGUUAUUGUUCACGGCUGCCAUUAACAACCUAAAUGGUUCGAUCCCAGACGAAUUAUGCAAUCUCAAGAGCCUCCAAACGUUGAACCUGGCCAACAACACUUUAUCCGGAGAGAUACCUAGCCGGAUUGGCGAGCUGAAUCAGCUCGAAUACUUGAAUUUUCUUGGGAAUCGGCUCCAAGGACCCAUUCCCAAGUCACUGGCUCAACUGAAAAGUUUGUGGAUGCUCGAUUUAUCUGCAAACAAGCUCAGUGGGGACGUCCCUGUAGAAUUGGGGAACUUGGGUCAGCUGGGUUAUCUAGUGCUGACAAACAACAGCCUUUCUGGGUCCAUUCCUAGAAAUAUAUGUUCUAACAGCAGCAACACUUUGGAGCAUCUGGCGCUUUCCCAGAAUAUGUUUUCUGGUGAAAUACCCAAAGAAUUGGGAGAUUGCAUGUCGUUGAAAAUACUCGAUUUGUCCAACAAUACACUCAACGGAUCGAUACCCGUGGAGCUUUUCGAAUUAGUCGAUUUGACCGACUUCUGGCUCAAUAACAACACACUCACCGGUUCCAUUUCUCCGGCAAUCGCGAAUCUCAGUAAUCUGGAGACAUUGACGUUGUUUCAAAACAAGUUGGACGGGGAAGUACCGAAAGAAAUUGGAAUGCUUCAGAAGCUCCAGAUCCUUUAUCUGUAUGAGAAUCAGCUAUCCGGAAGAAUCCCGUUGGAGAUCGGAAACUGCUCCAGCUUGCAAAUGAUUGAUUUAUUUGGGAACCAUUUCAAUGGCGAAAUACCGGUUACUGUAGGGAGGCUCAGUCAGUUGAACUUCAUUCAUCUGAGACAGAAUGAUCUCUCUGGAGAUAUUCCGGCCACUUUUGGUAAUUGCCAUCAGCUCACCAUCAUAGACCUUGCUGAUAACAGUCUCACCGGUGGAAUUCCGGCGACUUUUGGGUACUUGAGCUCAUUAGAACAGCUCAUGAUUUACAACAACUCUCUACAAGGCAAUCUCCCCAAAGAGCUAAGCAAGAUGGCGAAUUUGACGAGGGUGAACCUCUCGAACAACAAAUUGAAUGGUAGUAUCGUUCCUUUGUGUAGUUCGAGAUCAUUUCUAUCGUUUGAUGUCACCAACAAUGAAUUUGAUGGCGAGAUACCAUCGCAGUUUGGGAAUUCACCAUCUCUUCAGAGGCUAAGGCUUGGAAGGAACCGAUUUACAGGGAGAAUUCCAUUGGCGUACGGAAAUAUACGAGACUUGUCGCUAUUGGAUUUGUCGACCAACUUGCUCGUGGGUUCUGUGCCUCAGGAACUUUCGAGGUGUAAAGAACUGACUCAUAUUGAUCUCGAUAAUAACCUCCUCUCGGGUCCGAUCCCAUCCUGGCUCGGAAACUUACCUCUGUUGGGAGAGUUAAAGCUCUCAUCCAACAAGUUUACGGGCUCUAUUCCAUUGAACUUGUUCAACUGCUCGAAACUUUUAGUUCUUUCGCUCGAUGCUAAUUCCCUUAACGGACCCCUUCCUACAGAAAUCAGCAAGCUUUCAUCGCUCAAUGUCCUCAAGCUGAACAAGAAUCAACUUUCAGGGCAAAUCCCGGCAGCUAUCGGCGGAUUAAGCAAGCUCUACGAGAUCCGGCUCUCUAACAACCGAUUUAGCAGUGAAAUCCCCGCUCAAAUUGGACAGCUCAAGAAUCUACAGAGUAUUUUAGAUCUCAGCUACAAUAACCUCACGGGCGGCAUUCCCACAUCCAUAGGGACGCUAUCGAAACUCGAGGUGCUAGACCUCUCUCACAACGCAUUGACCGGAACUGUUCCACGAGAACUUGGCCUGAUGAGUAGUUUGGGAAAACUUAAUCUCUCUUACAACAAUCUCCAAGGGAAAUUAGACGAUGGCUACUCAGACUUACCGGCCGACGCAUUUGUUGGAAAUCUCGGUCUCUGUGGUCCUCCUCUCGAUCGUUGUCCGAACUCCAGAAACCAACAACAAAGCAGGCUAAGCGAAGCAUCUGUGAUUGCAAUUUCGGCUGUAUGUACCAUAGCUGCCAUAGCACUAAUGUUUCUUGCAGCCUUGCUAUUUUUCAGAAGGAAGAGGUCAGGAUUUGUAAAAGCCGGAGACGGGACCUCCAGCAGUUACUAUUCGACCACAAAUUCGUCACGAGCACAAAGAAGACCACUCUUUUUCAAGCGUGGUUCCGCAAGACGUGACUUCAGAUGGGAAGACAUUAUGGAGGCCACAAACAAUCUAAGCGAUGAGUUCAUAAUCGGGUCAGGAGGGUCGGGAACGAUCUAUAGAGCCGAACUUAUAACUGGUGAGAUAGUAGCCAUCAAGCGGAUACCAUGGAAAGACGAUGUGUUUCUUGAUAAAAGUUUUGCCCGAGAAGUGAACACGAUCGGGCGGAUAAAGCACAGACGCUUAGUGAAGUUACUAGGGUACUGCAGCAACAAAGGAGCAGGAUCGAACCUGUUGAUAUACGAGUACAUGGAUAACGGAAGUGUCUACGACUGGUUGCACCAGGAACCAGAAAACAUCAAGAAAAAGAAGACCCUUGACUGGGAGGCAAGAUUGAAGAUUGCGGUUGGGUUAGCCCAGGGUGUGGAGUACUUGCACCAUGAUUGUGUGCCAAAGAUCAUUCACAGGGAUAUCAAGUCGGCUAAUGUUCUCCUAGAUGUAAACAUGGACGCACAUUUGGGAGAUUUCGGACUUGCAAAAGCCAUAACCGAGAACCAUGACUCCUUGGCUAACAAUUCGUAUAUGUGGUUUGCAGGGUCUUACGGUUACAUAGCUCCAGAAUACGCUUACUCUUUCAAGGCAAGCGAGAAGAGUGAUGUUUACAGUAUGGGGAUCGUGCUGAUGGAGUUGGUGAGUGGGAGAAUGCCGACAGAGGGGAGUUUUGGUGAAAACGUAGACAUGGUGAGAUGGGUUGAGUCUCAUAUUGAAAUGCAAGGAGCAGGGCGUGAUGAACUGAUAGAUCCGGUAAUGAAACCGCUCUUACCUCAUGAAGAAACUGCUGCUUUCCAAGUUCUUGAUAUCGCGCUCCAAUGCACCAAAACUGCUCCUGCCGAGAGGCCAUCUUCGAGGCAUGCAUGCGACCUUCUGCUACAUGUAUUGAGGGACGGAGAAUCGACUUCUGAAAAGAUGAGUCGAGAUCCAUAUGCAUAGCUCAGAUCAGAAGCAAAUUCGAAUGUAUAUGCAUGCAAGACUUGCGUAUUUUGACCAUUAUAGAUGAUGUAUCUAAGUUUGACUACUUC